AUGGAUGAGGUGACGGAGCUGGAGAUGGGGGGGAACUCCCUCCUAAAGGCAGUGUGGCUCGGCCGGCUGCGGCUGACCCGGCUACUGCUAGAAGGGGGGGCUUACAUCAAUGAGAGCAACGAGAAAGGGGAGACCGCCCUGAUGGUGGCCUGCAUCACCAAGCAUGUCGACCAGCAGAGCAUUAACAAGGCCAAGAUGGUGAAGUACCUGCUGGACAACAGAGCUGACCCCAACAUCCAGGACAAGUCUGGGAAAACAGCCCUCAUGCAUGCCUGCAUCCGUGGCGCCGGGGGGGAUGUGGUGUCCCUGCUGCUGGAGAAUGGGGCAGACCCCAGCCUGGAGGACCACUCAGGAGCAUCAGCUCUGGUCCACGCCAUCAAUGCCGAUGACAAGGAUGUGCUGCAGCACCUCCUGAACGCCUGCAAAGCCAAAGGGAAGGAGGUGAUCAUUAUCACUAUGGACAAGUCGGCCUCUGGCACCAAGACUGCCAAGCAAUACCUGAACGUUCCCCCCUCACUGGAGUUCAAGGAGAAGGCCCCCCCUGAGGCAUGCACAGCACCCUCCAGCACCCACUUGAAAACUCCUGGCUCGGCACCUUCCCCUGCUGAGAAGGAGAGCGGCAUCUUCAGCCCACACCCAUCGCACCCUGGAGACAGCCCCUCUGCCAGGUCUGCCGACGAGCCACCCUCCCCGGGCCAGAGAGCCGGCACAGCCAGGAGAGCCCAUCUGCCCCAGCUGAAACGGCUACGGUCAGAGCCAUGGGGUCUGGUCGCACCCUCAGUGCUGGCGGCCUCCACACACCGUGACGACACGCGGGUCUGCGCAGACGACGAGGUGAUCAUGGGCAUCGGCGACCUCUCGCUCUCCAAAAAGGCUCCUCUUGCCUGGAGUGGCAGCAGCAAGAGCAAGGACCCCUCUCUCUUCCCCCCGGUAGACGAGCAGGCUCUGAGGACACCACCAGCCCCUGGGCCACUGGCGAGGAAAGCAGCCUACGAGAAGAGCCAGGCUGCCCACCAGCGCCUGCCCCGAAGAGGCACAGUCCCCGAAGAGCCGGAGAGUGUUGGCUCCACUGUCGCCGGCUCGGCCACGGCAAUGGACACGCUGCACUGGCGGAGGCUGAGUGCCGAGCACUACGACUGCGAUCCCCAGGUCUCCAGUGUCCCCGGCCUGACCGAGGCGGGGAAGGUGCCAUCAGAGAGGAGGAAGCUCAGCGGUUCCCACCUGGCCUUGCUGGAUGGCUCACGGGAGUCCCUGGACAGCAUGGCCGGCACAUCGCCUGCGACCAUCCGGCACCGACCGCCCGGCUUGCUGGAGAGGCGAGGGUCCGGGACCCUGCUGCUGGACCACAUCUCCCACACGAGGCCGGGAUAUCUGCCCCCCCUGAAUGUGAACCCCAACCCCCCGAUCCCCGACAUCGGCUCCAACAGCAAAGCCUCCUCUCCGCUUGCUGCCUGCUUUAAGUCCCUGGUACCCAUCGCUCCCAGCUCACCCAGACGGGGCGACUUGAGAGCCAAAAGGAAGCUUCUCCGGAGGCACUCCAUGCAAGCGGAGCAGAUGCGGCAGCUCUCUGAUUUUGAGGAAAUAGUGGCCCAGUAA